GUGGGAUCUCCAUCAACCACCGCUUCCCUCCUACGAGGUGUUGCCGAGCUGGGUAUGUCAAAACUCAGUCGCUCACUGUCACGCAGUCAGAAUUUGGUGACGGAGGCGAAGUCACCAGCGCUUACUUCUACUCCACCUCCACCUGCCGCACCCAUCAUCGUCGCUCCACCAUCACCUCCAAAAGUCUGCAACUUUCUCAAAGGCACAUCUCCUCCACCCUGCACAAAUAUCUAUGCUCAACUCUGGAACGCGUUGCUUCUCCUCGUCAGGGAUCCCUGUCCGUCCGUCUCCGAUCUGGCCGGAAUCGUCCUCAUGUACAUCCUCGAGAAGCUCAUAAAAAAGCACUCUCUGGACACAGUCAUCUCCUUGGCUGACGGGACGGUCCGCAUUAAGACCUCCACCGGUGCUUUCGAGGAUGGUGGUGGCUACGCCAGCAGCCCCCCUUCGGAGAAGGGCUCACCCAACGUGUAA